CAUUUUAGACUGGAAGUAACAAUUAGCUACGGUGCAAACCACCACUGCAGAAGAUCUUACUCAGACACAUUCUAUUUUAGUUUUCCAGAAACUGAAAGGGAUGCGUUGCUGGUGGAGGUCCAGGAUAAGAAGAAAUCAAUUCAAGGUCGAGCAUCCAUUCCAGUUUUAUCUUUGACUGAUAAUCCAAAUGAAAGAAUACGUUGGUGGCCUAUACAUCACGAUGAUCAAGAAUGUGUUGGAAAGAUCCAGCUCUUUAUUGGUAGUACAAUAACAUCUGAGGAGGCUAAUCAUAUAAAGAGUGGACCUAUUGUGGAAACUCUAGCAUAUGAUUUGCUUUUGGAGGCUGCUAUGCAUGCACUAAAUUUUCAUUCCCGGAACUUGAGGUUGCAUGGACCUUGGAAAUGGUUGUUGACUGAAUUUGCAGACUACUAUGGAGUUUCUGAUUCAUACACGAAGUUAAGGUACCUCUCACAUGUUAUGCAGGUGGCUACUCCAACAAAGAACUGCCUAGAGCUUGUGAAUGAGUUACUUGUACCCAUUUUAAAGGCAAAGA